GAGAAACGGAGACCAGCGCCUUUUCCUGCUUCAUGCACCAAACGACACGCUGAUUAUCUUGGCAGCGCCAGUAUUAAGUCAUAAUGCAUACCGUUUGGGUUCGACUGAAUGCGGUCGUCUUCUUUGGAUUGACGGCCCUGCUCGGAUUCUCGUGUCUGGCCGCUUUGUCCAAGCUCGGCCACUCUCUACGACACAAGCCAGUUGUCGAAGUUCUAAAGCUGAACACGUUGCGGUCACUCAAAAGCCAUGGCGGCUACGAUAGGGCGUUGCUUUCAUUUGAUCUCAUGGUGGACCUGGCACCGGCCUUUCACUGGAACAUAAAGCAAUUGUUUGUUUAUGUAGUGGCAAUUUACGAAACGGAAGGACGAAAUAAUCAAAUUGUGUUAUGGGAUAAGAUUGUAGAGGCCGACGACGAAAAGGUCAUUGACGAAAAGAAUGUGUUCGUUAAAUACGCUCUAAGCGAUCAAUCGGAUCAACUGCGGGGCAAAGACGUGACACUUCAGCUGCAGUGGGAUCAUAUGCCAAUAACAGGACUUCUAUACAUGGACGGACAAGCUGUGGAGUCGGCCUCGAAGUUUCGGCUACCUGCCGAAUAUCAAUAAGACGGAAGGUUCCUCUUAUCGGCACCGAGUUCCAUAUUCCUUACGUAGAACGGCAACUUGCUUUGGGUUUUCUGGUGGAAUGACCUUAUUCGCUUAUCACAACGAAGUAAUUUAAUCAUCCUUGCCAAAAACAAGGUGCUUCUCAGGAUUCCUAGCAUCUAUAGAAGAUAGCAGUAAAUGGUUUUGCAGCCUAGCUUAGCAGCUCAUUAAUCUGCCUUAGCAGGUACUUUUGGAGAAGGAAUAUUU